AUGUCUGUUCCAAGCUAUCAAUGUGAUCUUACUUCAAAUUGGUCUCCCAUCUCUGAGCAUGGAGAAGCCUCUACUCCUAGUUCUGCAUUAGGGCACGGCGAGGAGAAAUACCCUUCCGAUCCAGAUUUCUUAAAGGACGUGUCUCUCGUGGUUAUUGGUGACUUAGAGCCAGUAGAAUCUCAAUGCCCCCCAGAAAUAAGCACCUUCAAAACAAUCUCAAUCAUUGUAGUUUGCCUGCUUGGUUAUAUUCUCUGUAUUUCGGUAAAUUCGAUAUUUGCAAAAUACUAUCACAAGAUCAGAAGGGCUCAUAUUGAGGUUGCGAUUUCCAUCAUUGUAGACGCCAGGCAUGCGGAUGUGCAAUGGAUAUCAAGUACCUUCAAGCUUGGUUAUUGUAGCUUUCUGCUGUUGACGGGUCGCUUGGCCGAUACUUACGGUCAUAAGUUUUGCCUCCUGAUUGGACUAUUUCUUUUCGGAGCAUCAUCACUUGGUUGCGCUGCUGCUAGAGAUCUAUAUCUGAUAGCGAUUUUCCGGGGAAUACAAGGAGUUGGUUCAGCUGCGAUCUCGCCGUCCCUUCUUGGAAUCCUUUCUACUAGCUUUGCUGUUGGUACCCAUGCUAGAUCAGAAGCUUUUGCAACUUUUUCAACAGGUUCACCUUUUGGAACUGCUCUUGGACUAUUUUGUGGUGGAUUUGUGACUCAUGACGCUUGGCUUGGUUGGAGAAAAUUCUUCUACGCAGCUUUCUCUUUGACUGUUAUCAUAAGCAUUCUGUCAUAUCUAGUCCUGCCACCUGAUCUACCUAGGGUAGUAGGAAAAGAUAGAAAGCAAUUCGACUGGUUUGGCGGUGGAAUGGUUGCUAUCGGACUUCUGACCCUAGUGUCAUCGAUAUCAAGCCUUAUGCAUCAUGGCUGGACUACCAAUACUUUAUUAGCACCUCUCUUGAUUUCUAUCUUCUUGCUUUGUGGAUUCAUCUUGUGGCAGCUUCACUUGGAAAGGAAUGGAUUUCAGGACCCUAUUGUGAGAAUAUCAUAUUUGACAAACUAUAGCGUAGGACCAGUGAAUAUCAUAGCAGGGCUUCUCUGGGUGGCCUAUGCGGAUCAAAACUACUUUCUGAAUCAAUAUUUUCAAGAUUAUUUACACCUCUCACUACAAGACACGUUGAUCCGUUUUCUUCCAAUGUUGGCUGUGGCUAUCAUACUUUGUCUCAUCACCGGUCGAGCUGCACACCGCUGGUCAUCGCCUCUUUUAAUCGUCAUAGGAUCCAUAAUGGCUACCAUUUCAUGUCUUCUAACAUGCCUACUACAACCAAAUGCAAGUUAUUGGACGUUUAACUUCUUGUCUAUAACGCUAUCUAUAAUCGCUUCAGAUUUUGUUUUCACCGUUGGAAGUAUGUAUGCUUUACAAAUGUCAAAAGAAUCUGAUCAAGCUUCUGCAGGAGCUUUGUUCUUAACUUUCACACAACUUACUUGUGUAAUGGGUUUAGCUCUCGCAACUUUGGUACAAGUCAAAGUUACUUCGGACGCAAGUGAACAUAUGCACGUAGAUGUUGACUUUCAUGAAGAUAUGGCUGAAGUGCCUCGUGAAGCAGAAUUGGAAGGUCUAAAAGCGGCUUCUUGGACGUGUUUUGCCAGCGUUUUGUUGGGUCAGUCCAACUCUAGCAAUUGA